GUUCGUGCGAAUGAUUUUCUGAAAAUGAAGGAAUAGUAAUUUGUUAUUUUCCUCUUUUGAAUACCAUUUUCAGAAAAUAAGUAAUUUUCAGUAUAUAAAUACUGUUUAGGUCUGUGAAAUCCACGGAUGCAAGGAAGUCGCUCUGGAGGACACAAGAUUUACACAUCACACAAUCAUGUCUGAUGUACAACCAGACGAACAGGAUGCUACACGUAAAACGAAUGAUGAAACCUCGGAAAUAGAUUCCGAACAAACUUCGGCCGAAGAUUCUAACAUUCGUGAGCCCACCUCCAAAACGCAUAACGAUACAGCCGUGGCUUCAGGCAAUACAACGUGUCCAGUAACUAUAGACGUCAGCGGAUCUCCGCCGUCUAGUUGCAUUGAAAAUACAGCUGACGACAAAUGCGAUGAUAAUGACGGCAAUAUAGUCCGUUUUUUCGAAUUAUGCGCUGCGCAAGAUAUCGUUCAAAAUGCGGUGAAUUAUUGUCCAGCUUGUGAUGAUGAAUUGAUGUGCGAUUCCUGUAGCAAAAUACACAGCCGUAAAAAGGCAACUAAAUCCCACAUGCUCCUUCCCAUAAGUAAGCUUGACGAAGAGGAAGCCACAAAGAUGUGCCAGCCUUGCACGGUCAGGGAUGAUGAGAACCAGGCUUCCUUCGUUUGUCCAGAAUGUAAUGAUCUUUGCUUUUGCUCCGACUGUGCAUCACAACAUCGUGACACAAGUGAGGGUCAUAUGUUAAUGACCAUAGACGACUUUAAUGCAGCCAUGGAAGACAACUGUUCCUUCAAGUAUGCAGGUGUCAAGACAAAGGUCGAUUAUACCGAUCAAAAGUCAGUUAGUAAGCAGUGGCAACGAAAUCAACAAAAACAGGAUCGUCCUGGAAAGCCUAUGGCGUCCGAUAUUGGUUCGGACUCAGUUACUCUUUCUUGGGAGAAGCCCACAGACUUUGAUAAAAACAAUUACUUUCAAAUCGGAUAUAAGGAUCUGAAUAGUGGAAUGAAAUGGCGAUUCUAUCACGGGGAAUUUAUGGAGUCCUCUGUCAGACUAACUAACUUGAAGUCCGACACAAAGUUCGUAUUCAGAGUCAGGGUGGUUUAUGAUGACGUUGAAGGCCCAUACAGCGAGGAAAGCGACGUGAUUGUCAUUGCAUCCUCCCUUGCUUCACGACUGGUCAAUUACGCUGUAAGGAUGGACAAUGUCGAUAAUGUUCCUGCAAUCUAUGCAUUACCGAUGACUGAACUAGCUGAAGCUAGAAACAAGAAGGCAAGGACAAGAAAAUUUGAAAUAGGAACACGGCCAAAACGUAUCCGGAACGAGAAGACCAUUAUGAUGAUCGGGGAAACUGGCACUGGAAAAAGCACACUCGUUGAUGGAAUGGCAAACUACAUUCUGAGUGUCAACUGGGACGACCCAUUUAGAUUUACAAUCAUAAAUCUUGAAGACGAAGAAAAACAGCGUACGAAAAACCAGGCCUUGUCCCAAACAGAAUGGAUCACAUGCUACACAAUUCAUCCUGAAAAAGGGAGCCGCCUGUCCUACUCUAUCAACAUUAUAGACACGCCAGGUUUUGGUGACACCCGUGGCCUAGAACGUGACCAAGAAAUUGUGGGACAAAUAAGAGAAUUGUUUUCAAAAAAAGGACCACAGGGCGUCGUAUCAAUUGAUGCCGUUUGCUUUCUGAUUAAGGCCCCUGAUGCUAGGCUUACGCCUUUGCAAAGCUAUAUAUUCCAGUCGAUCAUGUCCCUCUUUGGAAAAGAUAUUGAGAAAAACAUAUGUUCCUUGAUAACAUUCGCAGAUGGAAUUGACCCUCCAGUACUUGCUGCUUUGUUGGAAUCGGGUUUACCGUUUGGUACGCGAUUUACCUUUAAUAACUCUGGGCUUUAUGCAAAGAAUGUUGAUUUAGACAACACGAGUUUGGCCCCGAUGUUUUGGGAUAUGGGAAUGAAAGGUUUCCGUAAUUUCUUCCAAACGCUGGGCACAAUGAGUACAAAGAGCCUUCAGAUGACUAGUGACGUUUUGUAUGAAAGAAAUCGUCUGGAGGUAACCAUAAAAAAUCUGGAACCAAUGUUGGAUGCUGGACUUCUGAAGGUCAAUCAACUUAAAGCAGAAAUAAAGCUGUUUGGGGACCAUAAAUCACUUAUCGCGGACAACAAGGACUUCGAGUACACAGUAACUUCAACACGACAGGUCAAAACAGAUUUGCCUCGUGGACAGCAUGUGACAAAUUGUACACAUUGUCAUUUCACAUGUCAUGAUAAUUGCGCCUUCGCAAAUGAUGACCAAAAAAUCAAUUGCUGCGCGAUGUCGGGAGGAUACUGUACUAUUUGCCCAGACAGAUGUUUCUGGAAAGAGCAUGCCAACACACCGUACAUCUUUUCUUUCAUUACGGUGACAGAAAACAAAACGUAUGGUGAAAUGAAAGCAAAGUACGAAGAAGCCUCCGGUAAAUUGCUCACGCAAGAGCAACUCCUGGAACAGAUGGGUCAAGAACUGGAAAAAAUGAUUGACGUUAUAGAAGACAUGAUGAUCGUUAUACGGGAUUGCAAUGCCCGUCUAGCAGAAAUUGCACUUAGACCUAACCCGCUGACCAUGGUUGACCAUAUAGACCUUAUGAUCGAGAAUGAAAAGAUGCACAAGAAACAAGGAUGGUUAAAUCGAGUUAAGACUUUGCAAGCAUUCCGGAAACGCGCCCUCAUUCACAAUGAUUUUGAGACAUUUCACAGGGAAGCGCAUACCAUUGGUGUUUUCGGUAAAGGAAACAAACGUGACCAAAAAUCCGUAUUCCAACGCAUUCGUGACGUUUUCCACUGGUAAAAUGAUUGAAGUCUGGCUAUUACGUUCUUCAAAGGAGAAUAUAUUAAGACAUAUAAAGAAACAAGCAUACGAAAAAAUCCAAUUUAACACUAGCUUGCGCAUUGAUAUAACAGUACAUCUUCUGUCGAUGACUGUGUGAGGAGUUGUUACUUUUCCUUUCGAAAUAUUAAUAACACGUGCUGAAAACUUCAAAUCUAUAUAGGGAUCACUUUACUGGUGUCGUUUUUCAACUACAUCCUUUGACUUAUUCACACGUGCGGGUAUUACGCCAAAACAAUGCAAUACUAAACAUUUACUUCAUCUGAUAACAGGAGAGCAGAAGAAACCAAAUGCUUACCAAAACACUGCACUUUAAUCAUUGACAAUUUUGUGAUAACAUAUUUGUAUAUUGUGAUCUGUAGUAUACGUAGUAUAAUGUUCUUGUUCUGUGUUUUUAUUCUACAAAAACAGUUCUGUAUCAAAUGCAGAUUUUAUUGAUCAUAAAGUGUAAGUCAGUGUACCCCAUGUGGUAAAGUCGCCUUAUCGCAUAUUUUAAUCACGUUAAUUGCCAUAUUGCCUGUAUUGUUUUUCUUGCAUGUCUGUUGUAACAUACUUUUACUUUGACAAAUUAAAAUGUUAAUAUGUACAAUUGUGCGUGUGUGUUUGAGUACUGUGAAUUUUCACGUCAGAGGCUGUAUGGUGAUGUAUAUAAUGUACUAGCAUAUGAUGUGUAUAUAAAUUGUUUACUUUUUAUUCAAUGAACUGUUUGUAUGUGUGUCCGCACAAUUAUUUUUUCCCGAAUACAAACAAAAAUGGUGGAUGUGUAUAAGUAACAGUGUAUAUAGUUGGUUGGUGCAUAUAUACAUCUAUCAUUUGUAUGAAUUGAAAAAUUUCAUCAGAUUUGCAUACCUUUUUGUUCUGUGUAUCCUUUAAAAGUGAAAAUGAAAGUAAGGUUGGAGUGGUUGGUCCCUUAAGUAUCAGUGUUGGUUAAUGUAUGUGUCAUUUCGUUUACUUUGAUGUCAACGACCACUAUUUUGUCUCAAUAUACAAAAAUUAAAAGAACGGUACAAUAGAAUAUGUUUUUAUUGUUUUAAAGUAACUAUAAUCGUUAAUGUGUUCUUGUUUGUUUAAGCGCAAAAUUAUCAUGUUUGCUUUGGUUUGUCUUAUGAUGUAAACACAUACAUAUGGCUGUUGUAACGGAUUAAAAUAUUUGAUAAUUAUGCUUAUUAUAAUCAAUUGGGAAUAAAUAUUGUCUUGGUAUA